AUGCCUGCCAAGUCACGAUUCACGCGGCUCGACGCAUUCACCAAGACGGUCGAGGAUGCGCGCAUACGUACGACUUCGGGCGGGAUCGUCACGAUCACCUCGAUCCUUUUGAUCUUUUAUCUGGUCUGGGGAGAAUGGUCGGACUACAGGAGGAUAUUGGUCCAGCCGGAGCUGAUUGUGGAUAAGGGAAGAGGAGAGAAGAUGGAGAUUCAUUUGAACAUAACGUUCCCGCGAAUACCGUGCGAACUCCUCACACUCGAUGUUAUGGACGUGUCCGGCGAGCAGCAGACAGGGGUGGUGCAUGGGGUGAACAAAGUGCGGCUGUCGUCUGUCAGCGACGGCUCUUCGGUGAUCGACACACAAGCCUUGAUGCUCCACGCGCAGGACGGUGCAUCGCAUCUCGAUCCCGAAUACUGCGGCUCCUGCUACUCGGCGCCCUCGCCUCCCAACGCAAUGAAGGCAGGCUGCUGCAACACGUGCGAUGAGGUGCGGGAAGCGUACGCACAGAACAGCUGGUCGUUCGGGCGCGGCGAGGGGGUCGAGCAGUGCGAGCGCGAGGGCUACGGCGAGCGGCUCGACGCCCAGCGGCACGAGGGCUGCCGGAUCGAAGGCGUGAUCCGCGUGAACAAGGUGGUGGGCAACUUCCACAUCGCGCCGGGGCGCAGCUUCAGCAACGGCAACAUGCACGUGCACGACCUGAACAACUACUUUGACAGCCCCGUCGAGGGCGGCCAUACCUUCACGCACGAGAUUCACUCGCUACGCUUUGGGCCGCAGCUCGACGACGCGGGGUCCAAGAAAUGGAGCGACCACCACCACUCCAACCCGCUCGACGGGAACAAGCAGGAGACGGACGAGGCCGGGUUCAACUUCAUGUACUUCAUCAAAGUCGUAUCGACCUCGUAUCUGCCGCUCGGCUGGGACGAGGACCGCUCGCUGAAACAGCACUCCAGCCUCGCGGACCUGAUCCCUCUCGGAAUGCAGGGCAAGGGCGCUGGCAGCCAGGGUUCUAUCGAGACACACCAGUACUCGGUCACGUCGCAUAAGAGGUCGCUGGGUGGUGGUACCGACGCUGCUGAGGGCCACAAGGAAAGGCUGCAUGCCCAUGGCGGUAUCCCCGGUGUUUUCUUCUCCUACGACAUCAGCCCCAUGAAGGUCGUCAACCGCGAGGCGCGUCCAAAGACCUUCGCGAACUUCCUCACUGGUGUGUGUGCCGUCAUUGGUGGUACGCUUACCGUUGCGGCGGCUAUUGAUCGUGGCGUCUAUGAGGGUAGUACCAGGCUAAAGAAGGUCCAUACUGGGUAG